AACUUGCUUUUGUUUAUGUUCAAGAUGCCGAGCUUACUAUGACGGCCAACGGGUAGAAGUCUCUGCGUUUUCUCACAAUAUUAUGUAUUUACUAAUAUCAGUACUACAAAGGUCGGAAAGGCAUUGAUAAUUUCACGUUUCUGUUGCUAUGUCGAAUUCAGUAAGCAAUAGUGCAUCUGUACGUGUGUCGGAAACUGGCGCCCCGUUAACGACGUCCAUGUUAACUGGAAGUGUGUCGAACAAUGAAGAUGUCAAACCACACACGCAGGUGAUGACAACCCCUUCUCGAUCAGAUUCAGGGGAAGGGCGAAAGGAUGUGUCAGAGUCAUCUCCCUGUAGUACCACACUUCCACCUCCUACAGGAACACCCUUGUCAGCUCAACGACCACCCAGAGGUAAAGAGGACACACCUUUGCCCAUCAUGUACACACCUACCUGUAACAUCAGUGGUAGUUUACCUUCAGUGACUGGUAGCUUGCCCUCCACUCCCGUGUCCUCCAGAACGCCAGCGGUGGCAGGUCGGCGAAGCACAAGAUCCAUCAAGAGGAAGAAGUUUGACGAUGAACUGGUUGAGAGUAGUCUGGUCAAAUCUGAACGGGGCAGAUUAAAGGGCGGCCCUGGCGAGAUUAAACCUGAAGUCCCAGCCCCGAUGGAGACAUCACCACCUCCACCCCCGGAGAAAAAACGACCAGUAAAAUCCUCUUCAAGAAGAGCUAAGAGGCAAAAGCCACCAGCGCCUGCUUCCACAAAAGACCUGGGCAGAUGGAAACCCCAAGAUGAUCUGCUGCUUAUAACAGCUGUUCAACAGACAAAUGAUCUGUCAGCAGUCCACCUGGGGGUGAAGUUCACAUGUCGCUUUACUUUGCGAGAAAUCCAGGAGCGGUGGUACGCCCUUCUCUACGACCAAGUUAUCUCCAAACUGGCUAUCACCAGGAUCAAACAACUUCACCCCGAGAUCAUCAUGUCUGUUCAGGCCAAGGCACUCUUUUCUAACAAGGAGGAAGAACUUCUGGGCACUGUGUCAUCUACAAGUCAGCCAACGCUAGAGACAUUCAGUCUCUGCUACAAGAACAUCACGAGGUGUUUCUAUCACUCUAGAACUGCCAAAUCCCUGCACAACCACUGGCUGCUGAUGAAACAGUACCACCUGUUACCUGACCAAUCAGUUCAGCCUCUACCCAGGGGAGACCAUGUCCUGAACUUCUCUGAUGCUGAGGACAUGAUAGCUGAUGAAGAUCUCAAGGAUCAGUGUGAUGAAGCUGUGGAAAAUGAGUUGGCCAUCGCUGACAGACGACAGAAGCGAGAGAUUCGUAACCUGGAGCAGGAAUUACCCAAGUGGCAGGUGCUGGUCGAUCACGUGACAGGCAUAAGUCCCCCCGACUUUGAUAACCAGACCCUGGCAGUACUACGUGGCAGACUGGUACGAUAUCUGAUGAGGUCAAGGGAGAUAACACUGGGCCGAGCUACGAAGGACAACCAGAUUGAUGUGGACCUAUCACUGGAAGGACCUGCGUGGAAGAUUUCUCGUCGUCAAGGCAUAAUUAAACUUCGGAAUAAUGGAGACUUUUUUGUUGCCAACGAAGGGAAGAGACCUAUUUAUAUAGAUGGGAAGCCUGUGUUGGCAGGGGUAAAACAGAAACUCAACAACAACUCGGUGGUAGAGAUUUCCUGUUUACGGUUCAUCUUUCUGAUUAAUGAGGAUCUGAUCUCUGUCAUACGCAAUGAGGGACAAAAGGUGACACAGUGAAAAACUUGUGGCAAACAGCAUGACAUUUUGCUAUGCUAGAAGCAAUGAUGAGACAAGCAAGCAGUCAGAUUGAGAUAUUGUGACAUAAUGGUGGCAAACAGUGAGACAUUUUACUAUACUACAGGUAAAGAUGAGACAAGCAAGCAGUGGGAAUGCGAUAUCGUGACUUACCGGUUGCAAACGGCGAGACAUUCAGCUUUGCUUUUGGCAAUCAUGAGACAGGCAAGCAGUCAGAUUGAGAUAUUGUAAUGUACUGGUGGCAAACAGUGAGACAUUCUGCUGGUCAUUUGGGAAUGACAAGACAGGCAAGCGGUGGGAACAAAAUAUUACAGCUUAAUGGUGGCAAACUGUGCCAUUCAGUUUUGCUGUUGGCAACCAUAAGACAGGCAAGCAAUCUGAAUGAGAUAUUAUGACACUGGUGGCAAACAGGGUGACACUCUGCUAUACUGGUGGCAACCAUGAAACAAGCAAGCAGUGAGAACGAAAUAUUGUGACAUAUUGGUGGCAAAGAUCAAGCUGUUCAGCCACAUGCUUGCUUUUGGCAACCAUGAGACAAGUAAACAGUUGGAAUGAAAUUCUGACAGACAAGUGGCAAACGUCACAGAAAUCAUAUGUGAAUUUUUGUAAGUAUUAAUGCUGAAAAAUUCUCACAAUUUAGUAAGAAAACAAAAGAUACACAAGCAAAGUUUCUGGUGUAAUUGUGUCUAGGGAAUGUGUUCACAGUAUGUUAAACUAGAAUUGCUGAAAAAUCUACUGUUAAUAUUAUUGCUUGCCAUUGAUAUGGAUUUGCUGACCAGUAUGCAUGCAGUAAAGCAGAAACAAGAGGUGCUGUUGCAUGUAACAACAUGCAUAUGAGUGUCUGUUUUUUUAUUGAUCAUUUUCUAUCAUCUUUCCAUAACUUCAUUUCAUUGUACAAAU